AUGAAUUUGCCGGUCAUACUCUCUUUGAGCAAAAUUUUUCUCCCUAGAAUGGCAGGCAUGGAAACUAAAACCUCCAUUGAAAAUACUUUUCAAAAUGCUUUUGAAAGUGCCUCACUCAUUCCCAUUUUAGAGAAGCUCGACAUAUUCGACCUUGUGGAGAAGAACAUCUUCUCUCCAAUAGCUGAUUUUAUAAAAUCGAGAACUUCUUUUAUCGAGGAGGUCCUAAGCGAAUGGAAAAAUAACAUGCUUCCCUAUUUUGAGUCUGCUUCGAAGUCUUUUCAAUCCAUUUUAAACUUUCUGGACAAGAUUACCACACCCAUGAAAACAGCCAUGAAAGAUUACAACAAUAGCAUAUCAUCGUUUCUGACACAUGCCUCGAUAGUUUUACUGUACCUAAUUCCCAUGAUACUCAUUGCUUUAUCAAUAGUCACCUAUAGUAUAAAGUUAGAUCAAAGAGGACACUAUAGCACAUUAUUUAGAACGCUUCCUUUUAUAUGUUUUCAUACAGCUAUCCACUUUAUACCUUCAAAUGCUCUUCUCGGACUAGAUCUCACGGAAUAUUUUAAGUUCCUAGAGACCUUCCCCUUUCUCAAAAAUCAAUGGAUCCAGUUGAUCUCAUCUAUUGCUUUGGCAGUAGUAUAUUUGGGUUUUACCCGUGUGGUAAGUACCAAGAUGAUCAUCAAUCCGCACUAUAUUUUUAUAUGCAGUGCUGUUUGUCACCUACUUCAUUUUCUUGAAAGGGUGCUUAUUACUCAACAAGAUUUAGGAUUUUUUAUGGAGCUCCUAUUCCUGGUGCUGGUCACUUUGUUAAAUUUCUUCCUUUACUGGCUUGCAGUCGGAAUGGUAAAAGGCCUGAUAGUUGGCCUUGGAUUGGAGCUUGUAAAGAAAAAAGAAGAAGAUAGUGAGGAGAAUGAAUCAACUGAACAAGCACAUGAUAAGUAA